AUGGAGGCAGCGCAGGAGGCCAUCUCGUUCGGCCAGUAUGCACUCGGUCAGCCACAGAUCACACGCAGACGCAUGUAACCAAUCAUUGUGUGUCUGGUCUGUGUGUGUCGCCCCAGACGCAGAGAGCCGGGCCGUCAGCCUCCUCACUCACCUUCACAGGACAUACGACGCGCCACCGAGGCCCUCUCUUGGCGACGACUAUCGGCACGACCAUUGUGGCGGCGAUCUGGACGGCGGUGUGGAUGAUUCGGAUGGCGAGGGAGUCAUCAAUGGCAUGAUGUCGCCUGUGGUGCGGCCUUUUCCCUUCGGCCGCUGGCCUGAUUUCGACGAGCCUGUGUGGCGGUCGGUGUUGAGGAAAUGUGUUGAGGGCGAGAGGGACAUAGCAGCAGCAGGAGGGGCCGAGGAGCCUGUCACUAUCUACGGCAGCGACCGGCACGAGGGCGCCAUUGCGAUGGCCCGCGACGCAGCGAGACGGGCCGGGGUGAGUGACCACAUCCACUUUUCCCACAACGACGUUGCCCAUCUGCAGUUGCCGCACCGCGACAAGCCCGACGUGAUUGUGACCAAUCCGCCGUGGGACAUUCGGCUGAGCAGUGACGCCAGGGCGGCGUGGGAGGCGAUGAGGGCGUUUGUGUGCGAGAGGGCGGGAGGGGGCCAGGCCUGGCUGCUGUGCGGGGGCAAUGCGCAAGACGAGCUGUUCGGUGCGAUGCGCAUGCGGGCGGCCAAGAAGCGGAGGAUUGUGCAGGGGGGCGUCGAGAUGAGCUUGAGGGCCUUUGACAUAUGGGACCUACACAGAGACAGAUAGAGAGACGCACAGGGGGAAAAACAGAGAAGGACCGUAGGAGAGGGAGGGGAGGGGAGGGAACAGAUGACUGAGGGAGGGAGAGGACUGUCCACGGUAAAUAUUGGCUGCGUCGGUAGUAUUUGUCAUGCCUGCCUGCACCACACGCACCCACCGCCCGCCCGCCAUGUGUGACUGUCUAUUAUGCGUGUGUGUGUGCGUCUGGUGCACUAGUCUGGUGUUUAUGGCUCGGCUAGCUGUGUGUGUGUGUGUGUGUCUGUGUGUGUGUGUCCGUCUCACUCUCGCUGUGCGUCCAUGGGUUCUUGGCCGAUUUGCCUGGGGCCUGUUGACAUGAGUAUUGAGAGUGAGACUUCACCUCACUCACUAAGUUGUGUCUUCCUGUCAACUGACACACAUGGGUUCGCCAUUUAUCCUU